ACAAUAAUGUGCUCUCGACAUUAGUCAUUAAAAUAUCGCCAUAAAGCUGUGCCUCCUGUGUUGUGGACAGAGCAGCAGCGCAAUGCGGAGAUGAAGGCGCUUCGCUGCUUCUGCUUCUGCUUCUGUUCUCUGCUUCUGCUGAAAGUGUCCGCGGGAUUCGGAGAUCUGAGGCGUCCUGAGAACGUCAGCGUCGACUCGCUCAACACCCGUUAUGUGUUGCGGUGGGACUGGCCUCAUGAGACCGCCGCCAACCAGACUGUCACCUUCACUGCGCAGUAUCUAGAGGAGUUUCGGUCCCGGAAGGCCAGUAAUGAGAAGUACUGGACAUCGGUGUGUGUCAAUGUUUUGGAGCAUCGCUGUGAUUUCACUGGAGCUGAACUGCAUUACAAUGACUUAUAUCUGCUGCGUGUGUGGGCCAACACGUCUCAGCAGUCCUCCGGCUGGGUCCAGAUCAGAUUCUGUCCUGAUAAACACGCUGCUUUAGGUCCUCCCUCCAGCUUGAAGCUGAGCUCGAUUAAAGGAGAUCUAGAGAUCAUCAUCACCGACCCUCUGAGCAGCACUAACCAGUCCAUGAAAACUUUGCUGAACGACAGGUUGAGCUACCUCAUCCAGUACUGGAGGCGCUCUGAAGAGCCUCAGAAGGCUAAAGUCCUGGAGACGAAGAACAAUCUGGUGAUGCUGACUGAGCUGGACAGACAGACGUGGUACUGCGUGAGAGUUCAGAGCUGUGAUGGCUCCCAUAACAAGAGCAGCGUCUUCAGCGACACACACUGCACACGCACUGAAGGUCAGAUGCCAUACUGGCAGAUAUUCCUGUACUUCCUGAUUUCUCUGCUGCUGUGCUUCCUGCUGGUGCUGCUGAACUUCUGCUUUUACAAGAUGUUCACGCUCCUCAAGAACACCUUCUGCCCAGCCAUUCAACUCCCGGAUCACAUUCAGGAGCUGUGGUUAAGUGACUCCGAGAAGCCGCAGCUGCUGGCUCCUGAGUCUCCAGAGUCUGUGUGUGAGCUGCUGGUGAUGGUCAGUGCUGAGCUGGACGCUGUGGCGGUGGAUGAGCACUCAAACACUGAGGAACAGGACUCCAGCACACACAGCCGACACGGCAGCAGAGACUCGGGCGUUUACUCCACAGAGGAGGACACCUGUCACAGAUCUGACCUACAGAUGAGCAGCAGAAAGCACAGAGAAGAGCUGCAUCAUGGGAUGCUGCUGGAGCUCUGUGCUUGAAACGGUCCACAGAUGUCAGACGGACACGACUUCAGCUUUCUGCAGCUUUGCCUUUCUCUCUUCCAACAUCUGUCAGCUUAUUGUACAUCCAGCAGGUUUCUGAGGUUUAUGACAUUUGAGCCUAUUGUAUGUUAACAUGCAGAUUUCUUAUGAUUCUUAUAGAAUCUUAAUUCAUUAUUGUUACUUGAUGUCUUUCUUUGUUAGCUUUAACAACUUCAGGGUUUAAAAAGAGAAUGAACUGUCAUUCGUUAGUUUGACUGUUUUCUCAUUCAUCUCCAC